GGACAAUUUCAUGGCAGUAUUAAGGCUGGCCUCCAUGUUCAUGGUUUGCGUGUGCCGUGUUUGGUGUGUUUGCCUUUAUAAUUAACACAAAUCAAAGACCAGUUUAUCAGCUUUAAUUAGAGUAGUGUGUGUUUGAGGGCCAGUUUUUUUUGUUUAGUUCGUCGAAUUCAAGUAAUGUGUAGUAAAAUUAGAACCUGUCUGUGAGGUUAUUGGCGUCAGGAGUAGAUCACGAUGGCAUCUCACGUCUUAAGCGUCUGUGUCUUUUGUCUCAUCUGUGCCACCCAUUCCCCUUGUGGUUCUCACGCAGCUGUGGCUCACGAAAACCCUCAAAUAAACCUACAACACGACCCAAUACUCCUCAAACGUGAAAAAUUCAAAGAGAAAGAACCCUGGGACAACAGUGUUUUAACCAUAAGUGACGAUAAACAUAUUAUUAAUAAAAGACACAGUGAUGACAAUGAUAUUAAAAAUAAAGACUUUUAUUUAAAAAAACUUUUCGAUAAAUACGGUGACGGUAAAACAAUAACGUUAGAAGGUUUCCGAUAUAUGUUAGAACACGUUUUUGAAAUACAGACAAUUGCGCAUCAUGAGGCUUCCAAGGGUGACACCAAUGACACGUGUGUCGUCAAUAACGCAUUAAUCGCUUUAAAAAAUUUAUCAAAUUCGACUGAAACGUUCAAUUCGUCGACAAUAGAAGCAGCAUGCCCAGCCCUCCUUUACUCGAUUAUUUCCGGAAGUUGUGAGCCGCAAACGGAACAAAACACGGUCCAACCAAUGACAAUUACCGUAACCACGUGGCUGUACUCAAUGUGUGCUGUUUUUGUGAUCAGCACUUGUGGGGUUCUUUCCCUUUUGAUAAUCCCCGUCAUGCAGAAAAAAUUCUACAAACCACUUUUACAAUUUCUGGUGGCUUUAGCCGUCGGUACUCUCGCUGGAGAUGCUCUUUUACACCUUUUACCUCAUGCUAUGAGCGGCCACCACCAUGAUCACGGCGAAAGCCACGAAAAUAUGUGGAAAGGCUUCGUUGCGAUGCUCGGCUUGAUACUGUUUUUCGUGAUGGAGAGGUUUAUUCCUUUGGUUCAUAGAUGGCGUAAGGGCAAGCCUAGCAAAGGUCAUUCUCAUGUCAAAGUUUUGAACAGUAAGUUAGAUAUAAAUAAAACGGGUGAUACCCAAUGUAUGGAUAAGUACAAUGCGUAUCCUAGGUGCUACAAGGAUAUUGUUGAUGAUCCAAAUACCACAUUUUUGGAAGCUGGGGAAUCCUCGAAUGUUCUCGAAGAGUUACUUAACAGUCGCAAAAAGAAGGCUGCGAAACAGCAAGCGUCUAAGAGCGAUUCGGCCGAAACUGCUAUAACCAAAGACUGUGAGAACGGUGAAACCAACCAGAAUCUUACCGAAUGUCCCAGCGAUCUGAACACUUCCAACAACUGCACCGAAGUCAACAAAAUGCUUCCACACAUUGAAAUGGCACCUCAGGAGGAACCCGAAGCCGAUUAUACGGUUAUUAUAACCGAACAUGGGGCUGUUCACCAUGGCCACUCUCACCUCCACGGCCACGUCCAUGCCGCGCCUCAGAACUUCUCGUCGGUUGCAUGGAUGGUGAUCAUGGGUGAUGGUCUUCACAAUUUCACUGAUGGUAUGGCGAUAGGAGCUGCCUUUUCUGGGAGUGCUGCCGGCGGCUUUUCCACCGCCGUGGCUGUCUUUUGUCACGAGUUGCCUCAUGAAGUAGGCGACUUUGCCAUGCUGCUCAAAGCCGGGAUGAGUAUCAAGCAGGCGCUGUUUUAUAAUAUCAUUUCAAGCAUCUUGUGCGUAUUGGGGAAUUUACUGGGAGUUUACUUAGGGAAUACCGAAGUUGCCAGUUCGUGGGUGUUUGCAGUGGCAGCAGGAACGUUUAUUUAUAUUGCGCUUGUGGAUAUGAUUCCAGAGUUGAGUUCAGCUCAUGAAGAUGAAGGGAAUUUGAUUCAGUGCAUAUUGCAUUUGAGUGGGCUGUUAUUGGGGUUUGGGAUAAUGACGUUGAUUGCGUUGUUUGAACAUGAUCUUAAGAAUAUGUUUAGGGAUUAAUGAUUUUUGUAAUUUAUUUUAUUGGCUGUUUUUUAUUUUAUCUGGUUUUUGAUAUUGCGCGUUUCUUACAGAGACUUUUUUAUAAUGAAUACAUCGACAUCAUCUUUUUUCUUCUUUCUGCUGCUAUUUAGGUAUUAGUAUUGAUUAAAGACUUACCUAUUAUGUGAACUCACAUGUAAUGAAUCAACCAGUAUUGGUACGCAAAAUAAAUAAAAUUUAUUUAAAUAUGAAA